GGCGGCGGGGAGGGACAGCAGGGGCGCCGGCUGGCGGACCAGGAGGAAGGUCGUGGCCAUGGGCCCGCGAGGCGCCUCCAAAGGGUCUGGCCACUGCUGGAACCCGAGGUCGGAGCUAGGGACGCUCUGGGCUCCGACCCAUGGGCCGGCCACCCCCUCUCGCGCCGGGUGAGGGGUGCCUCCCCUAAGCUAGAGGCGGAGUGGAGGCCGUGCACGGCCCGCCGAGCGCCUUCAGGAUGCUCAUCAAGGAGUACCACAUCCUGCUGCCCAUGAGCCUGGAAGAGUACCAGGUAGCCCAGCUCUAUAUGAUCCAGAAAAAGAGCCGGGAAGAGUCUAGUGGUGAGGGCAGCGGUGUGGAGAUCCUGGCCAACCGGCCAUACACGGAUGGGCCCGGAGGCAGCGGGCAGUACACACACAAGGUGUACCACGUGGGCUCCCACAUCCCAGGCUGGUUCCGGGCACUGCUGCCCAAGGCUGCCCUACAGGUAGAGGAAGAAUCCUGGAACGCUUAUCCCUACACCCGAACCCGGUACACCUGCCCCUUUGUGGAGAAAUUCUCCAUUGAAAUAGAGACCUAUUACCUGCCUGAUGGAGGGCAGCAGCCGAACGUCUUCAAUUUGAGUGGGGCUGAGAAGAGACAACGAAUCCUGGAUACCAUCGACAUCGUACGGGAUGCAGUGGCUCCAGGCGAGUAUAAAGCAGAAGAGGACCCCCGGCUAUACCGCUCAGUCAAGACGGGCCGAGGGCCACUGGCUGAUGACUGGGCACGGACGGCAGCCCAGAAUGGGCCUCUCAUGUGUGCCUAUAAGCUGUGCAAGGUUGAGUUCCGCUACUGGGGCAUGCAGGCCAAGAUUGAGCAGUUCAUCCAUGAUGUCGGUCUACGUAGGGUGAUGCUGCGGGCCCACCGCCAGGCCUGGUGCUGGCAGGACGAGUGGACAGAACUGAGCAUGGCUGACAUCCGAGCACUAGAGGAGGAGACUGCUCGCAUGCUGGCCCAGCGCAUGGCCAAAUGUAAUACAGGAAGUGAGGGGCCCGAGGCUCAGCCCCCUGGGAAACUAAGCACUGAGGUGCGGUCUGGGGUCAGCAAUGCUGGCACCCCUGAUGGGCCUGAGGUCCCCACUGGCCCUGACGCCUCACCUGAUGCUAGCUUUGGGAAGCAGUGGUCCUCAUCCUCCCGUUCCUCCUACUCAUCCCAACACGGAGGGGGCGUGUCUCCACAGAGCUUGUCGGAGUGGCGCAUGCAGAACAUCGCCAGAGACUCUGAGAACAGUUCAGAGGAAGAAUUUUUUGACGCUCACGAAGGCUUCUCGGACAGUGACGAGGUCUUCCCCAAGGAGAUUACCAAGUGGAACUCAAAUGACUUCAUCGAUGCCUUUGCCUCCCCAACAGAGGCUGAAGGGGCACCAGACCCUGGAACCGAGGCCACUAAAGGUAUUGAGGAUGGGGCCCGAGCACCCAGGGACUCAGAGGGCCCAGAAGGAGCCGGGGAGCUGGGAGCUGAGGCAUGCGCAGUCCACGCCCUCUUCCUUAUCCUGCACAGUGGCAACAUCCUGGACUCGGGCCCUGGAGAUGCCAACUCCAAGCAGGCAGACGUGCAGACUCUGAGCUCGGCCUUUGAGGCUGUCACUCGCGUCCACUUCCCUGAAGCCCUGGGCCACGUGGCACUGCGACUGGUGCCCUGCCCACCCAUCUGUGCUGCCGCCUAUGCCCUUGUCUCCAACCUGAGUCCCUACAGCCACGAUGGCGACAGUCUGUCCCGCUCCCAGGACCACAUUCCGCUGGCUGCCCUGCCACUGCUGGCCACCUCAUCCUCUCGCUACCAGGGUGCUGUGGCCACCGUCAUUGCCCGCACCAACCAGGCCUAUUCAGCCUUCCUGCGCUCAUCCGAGGGCACUGGCUUCUGUGGGCAGGUGGUGCUGAUUGGAGAUGGCGUUGGUGGCAUCCUGGGCUUUGAUGCACUCUGCCACAGUGCCAACGCGGGCACGGGGAGUCGGGGUAGCAGCCGCCGUGGGAGCAUGAACAAUGAGCUGCUCUCCCCAGAGGUCGGCCCGGCGAGGGACCCACUGGCAGAUGGGGUGGAGGUGCUGGGUAGGGCCAGUCCAGAACCCUCCUCCCUGCCUGCCCAGCGUACUCCCAACGACAUGGCCACUGCUGAGCCUGAGGGCUGUCAGAACAGCCUUCAGGCAGCCCCCACACCCUCUGCCUCUGGGGAGCCCCGGCGGGCAAGCACAGCCUCCUGCCCACCUGCUCCCAGUUCCGAACCUCCCGACGGCCCCAACGCUGCCCGCCUCGACUUCAAGGUUUCUGGCUUCUUCCUCUUCGGGUCCCCGCUGGGCCUGGUACUGGCUCUGCGCAAAACUGUGAUGCCCGCCUUGGAGGUGGCCCAGAUGCGCCCAGCCUGUGAGCAGAUCUACAACCUUUUCCAUGCGGCCGACCCCUGUGCCUCCCGCCUCGAGCCCCUGCUGGCCCCCAAGUUCCAGGCCAUCGCCCCCCUGGCUGUACCUCGCUACCAGAAGUUCCCCCUGGGAGAUGGCUCCUCCCUGCUCCUGGCCGACACUCUGCAGACUCAUUCAGGCCUCUUUCUGGAAGAGCUGGAGAUGUUGGUACCCUCCACACCCACCUCGGCCAGCGGUGCCUUCUGGAAGAACAGCGAAUCAGGCACUGAGCCUCCAGCCCAGCCGGCCGCCCCCAGCACCACCAGCGAGGUGGUUAAGAUCCUGGAGCGCUGGUGGGGGACCAAACGCAUCGACUACUCGCUGUACUGCCCGGAGGCACUCACCGCCUUUCCCACCGUCACGCUGCCUCACCUCUUCCACGCCAGUUACUGGGAGUCAGCUGACGUGGUGGCCUUCAUCCUGCGUCAGGUGAUCGAGAAGGAGCGGCCACAGCUGGCAGAGUAUGAAGAGCCGUCCAUCUACAGCCCUGCCUUCCCCAGGGAGAAGUGGCAGCGCAAACGCACGCAGGUCAAAAUCCGGAAUGUCACUUCCAACCACCGGGCAAGCGACACGGUGGUGUGCGAGGGCCGCCCCCAGGUGCUGAAUGGACGCUUCAUGUAUGGACCCUUGGACGUGGUUACGCUCACCGGAGAGAAGGUGGACAUCUACAUCAUGACGCAGCCGCUGUCGGGAAAGUGGAUCCACUUCGGCACCGAGGUCACCAACAGCUCGGGCCGCCUCACCUUCCCAGUGCCCUCUGAGCGCUCUCUGGGCAUCGGCGUCUACCCUGUACGCAUGAUGGUCAGGGGUGACCACACGUAUGCCGAGUGCUGUCUGACAGUGGUGGCCCGAGGCACAGAGGCUGUGGUCUUUAGCAUCGACGGCUCUUUCACUGCCAGUGUCUCCAUCAUGGGCAGCGAUCCCAAGGUGCGCGCCGGAGCUGUGGACGUGGUCAGGCACUGGCAGGAUGCAGGCUACCUGAUCGUGUAUGUGACGGGCAGACCGGACAUGCAGAAGCACCGCGUGGUGGCCUGGCUGUCACAGCAUAACUUCCCCCACGGUGUCGUCUCCUUCUGCGACGGCCUUACCCACGACCCACUGCGCCAGAAAGCGAUGUUUCUGCAGAGCCUGGUGCAAGAGGUAGAGCUCAACAUUGUGGCAGGCUAUGGUUCCCCCAAAGAUGUCGCUGUAUACACAGCACUGGGCCUGUCUCCAAGCCAGACCUACAUUGUGGGGCGAGCCGUGAGGAAGCUGCAAGCACAGUGCCAGUUCUUGUCAGAUGGCUACGUGGCCCACCUGGGCCAGCUGGAGGCGGGCUCCCACCCUCAUGCCCCCUCAGGACCUCCAAGGGCCGCCUUGGCUAAAAGCAGCUAUGGUGUGGCAGCCCCGGUGGAUUUCCUCCGCAAACAGAGUCAGCUCCUUCGAUCGAGGGGCCCCAGCCAGGUGGAACGUGAGGGCCCAGGGACCCCACCUACCACCCUGGCACGGGGCAAGGCCCGAAGUAUCAGCCUCAAGUUGGACAGCGAAGAGUGAGGCCCAAGCUGUGGCUGGACCUGAGUUAUUUAUUGACACACUCAAGGGGCCCAGGUGGCUACACAUGGGAGGCUGGGGGCCCAGACCUCUGGCACCAGCCCUGGCCUCCUAGCCCUCCACCCUGCAUCUCGGUCUGCCCCUCAGUGUUACUUUCCUUUCAUGUGGGGGACCCAGCUCCAGGGGGAGGGAGGAAGGGGUGGGUGAGGGCCAAAGGCUUUUCCAAUGUGUGUAAAUCCAUGAAAAUAAACACCACCUGCAUCCCA